AGUGUCCAAGGAUAGAAGAACCAUCAGCGUCAGCACUGCAAGAGCUUUAUUCACAUGUAUGCACGCAUGUCGCUGCUCUGAAGGCGCUUGACCAACCAGUUGAAUUWUGGGACGCGUGGUUGAUUACCAUAGUUACAGGGCGUUUAGACAAAAACACUGGUCAUGGAUGGCAAUUACAUCAGAGAAAUACDGAGUUGCCUAAGUACGUGGACCUUGAAUCCUUUCUGGCUAGUCGGUGUGUGGCGUUAGAAAGUUCAGAGGCCGUAGGUUUAAAUAAAAAACUCUCYAAGCCCACUCCAAAAUUCAAUUCUGGAACUAGGUAUCCAAAACCAAAUCACUCAAAGGGUGCACUGUUGGCAUCGUCCGAGGCAAGAGAGAAAUGCGUAUACUGCACAAGCAUGCACAAGCUGUAUACAUGUACUAACUUCAAAAAAUUGGCAGUUGGAGACCGAAUGAAUUUUGUGCGUGAAGCUAAGCUAUGUUUUAAUUGUCUUCAUUCAUCUCACACCGUUGAUAAAUGCAGAUCAAGGUUUAAUUGUUUUAUUUGCAAGGGAAAGCACAAUACCWUACUUCAUUAUGAGAGACAAGCAAAUCCUUCAAAUGUUAUUGCUGAGGAUGAAUCUAUAGAAAAUACAGUUUCAACUUCAACCUCAAGUGGCUCAAAAAGUGUAUUACUAGUUCAUCAAGGGCAUGGACAUGUAUUUUUAUCAACGGCUGUAGUUUUAGUGAGAGAUAAUCAGGGGUUACGUAGAAAAUGCCAUGCCAUAUUAGAUAGUGGUUCGCAAGUUAACUUUAUAACUAAAGGAUUAGCAAGACAACUACAAUUACCAGCAGCYAGAGUGACACUACCAGUUAGUGGCAUAGGCGCGAAUUCUCUUCAGACUAGCACAAGUGUCGAUGUAUGUGUCGAAUCCAGAUUUGGUGCAUCGAAUUUUAAGUUAUCUUGUCUUACAUUGCCUGUCAUCAUGUCACGACUACAACCUAUUCAUACUCCGGUGGAGGGCUGGACAAUUCCAAGUGAAUUAGUGCCGCAGUUAGCAGAUCCCCAAUUCUAUGAUUCUAAACAAAUCGACCUAUUAAUUGGAGCUGGUGCAUUCUUUGACAUUCUACAGCCAAGUCGCAUACAGCUUGAUGUGGAAAUGCUAUAUCUGCAAGACAGCAAAUUGGGUUGGAUAGUCACAGGUGAGAUGACCCAGACAUGUUUGUUGAGUGUUAACAGAUCGGUUGAAGAAGAAUCGGAGGUGAUUCUCGGCCAYKAKGAUGUAUUGUACAAUAAACAAUCGAAGGCAAAUCAAUGUUCUAUUGAGGAGAACCAUGCGCUUGAACAUUUCCAGUCCACGGCCAAACAAAAUGAAGAGGGUCGGUUCGUGCUGCAGUUACCCGUCAAAGCGGAUCUAACUAAUUUAGGUCAGAGUGUCGGUUUAGCUACAUCCAGAUUUCUUAGUGUAGAGGGAAAACUACAGCAAGAUGCAGACUUACGAAUUGAGUAUACAAGGUUCAUGAAAGAGUAUCUGGAGAUGGGCCACAUGCAAGAAGUGCUGCACGAAUCCAAUAUUCCUAAGCGAUCAUGCUACUUACCACACCAUGCUGUAUUCAAGGGCUCAAGUCUAACAACAAAAAUUCGCAUCGUGUUUGAUGCUUCAGCGAAAACUUCCUCAGGGUUGUCACUCAACGAUGUAUUGAUGCGAGGCCCMARAACACAAGAGGAUAUAUUCUCAAUUCUUACGCGUUUYCGAAAAUAUCAAUAUGUAAUUUCAUCAGACAUCGAGAAGAUGUUUCGCCAAGUAGCUGUAGCAGAACAGGAUUGGGAUCUGCAACGGAUACUUUGGCGCGAUGACCCGAGUGAAGCUCUCC